CUGGUGCUACUAUCCUGCGCUAUUAUACAUGCAUUGUCAUGUUCAUUUGAAAAGAUAAUCAACAAUUGUCGAGCAAAGCAAACUAUGCUCAUCAUUCAUAAUGCAUUGAAACUAUUGCAAAGAAUUGGCUAUAAAGGCAUUCCAAACCAUUCCUGCUGCAAGUUAAAACAUAGUACAGACCUUUUUACAAAGGAAACUUUUCUACCACUUAAUUACUUGAACCAGUUUUGUAAGAUAAGCACCACAAGUUCAAGUGAAGCUACCAUGGCAGAAUGUGCUCUGCCCAAAACAGAUAUCAGCCCAGCUGAAGUAGAAGUAGAUGAAACUAAAAUGAACAUCACAGACAAUCUAGAUGCUUCUAAACCCUUAUCUAAAAAUGCUAUGAAAAAGAUGGCCAGAGCUCAAAAACACAGUGAAUUAAAGAAGCAGAGGCGAGAAGAGAUGAGGCUAAAUCAAAAAGAUGAUGCUGGCUACAGCCCAGAGGACUUGAAAGACUCAUCUUAUUAUUUUGAAAAUGGUUUGAGGAAAGUUUACCCCUACACAUACAUUUUUGCAACUCAUGCAAAAGGACGAUGGGUUGGUAGGACUCUUCUUGAAGUUUUAGAGAAAGAAUUUGGAUACGAUCAACCUGGAGAUUUGGAGAAAGCUUUUGAAUCUGGAAUGAUCCAUGUCAAUAAUAACAGAGUGCCCUCUGACUACAGACUCAAAGACUGUGAUUUCAUCUCUCAUAAAACACACAGGCAUGAAAAUCCUGUGACUGCAGCACCCAUAGAAAUUAUAGAGAAUUCUGAAGAUUUAUUGGUUGUAAAUAAGCCAUCCUCUAUACCAUGUCAUCCCUGUGGAAGGUAUAGGUUCAAUUCUCUUGUGUUCAUUCUCGGAAAAGAAAUGGGGCUUGUUAAUCUACGAAACAUUUAUCGUUUAGAUAGAUUGACCUCAGGGAUUUUAAUUCUUGGCAAAAGUAUAGAAAAAACGCGGGUGUUAAUGAACCAAAUAGCCAAGAGACAGGUGCAGAAGGAGUAUGUGUGUAGGGUGGUUGGCAAGUUCCCAGAGGGAACUGUGACAGUAGAUCAACCACUCAUGCCCUUGUCAAACAAGCUGAGACUACAGGUUGUAUCACCUAAAGGAAAGUCAAGCCAGACAACAUUUACUCGUUUAAGUUACAACAAUAAGACAAGUGUUGUCAGGUGUGUACCACAUACUGGCAGAACUCACCAAAUCCGUGUCCACCUACAGUAUUUAGGCCAUCCAAUCAUCAAUGAUAUGUUUUAUAACAGCGAAGCCUGGGGACCUAACAAAGGAAAAGGUGGAGUCUAUGAACUCAAUUUUGAUGAGGUUUGUCAAAGAAUUUUAUCAGAACAUCAUGUGACGUUAUGGGACGGUGGAGAAAACCCGUUGUAUGAAGAAAAGUUAAAAGAAAUGCAAUCUUUGGCAGCUGUAGAUGACCUGACUAACACAAAGUGUAUAGAACAAAUCCAACAGGUGCCACGUGAGCAGAUUUCUGAAAGUCCAGUGUGCGUUGAGUCACAUACAGAUGGCCAGAAGAAUUCUGACAAUUUCUUAUGUCAUGAACCUCCCAUCAAGCGGUUGAAAACAGAAACUGUUCAAUCUGAUCCAGGUGGGGAGACAGCAGAUGGUGCCACUAGUCCACCUGAAGCAACGCAGCCUGGGUUUGACAUGGCCAGAUGGUCGGUUGAUCCUGCAUGUGAUCUGUGUAAGAAAAAACCUGUUGAUCCUGGGGAGAAGAAUCUUGUGAUAUUUCUUCAUGCGCUCAGAUACAAGGGUCCAGGGUGGGAAUAUGAGACAUCUUUACCAGAAUGGGCGAAAGAAGAUUGGAACAGGGAAGAUGACUACAUUAUUGAUACCUGUCCUAAAUUAUGAUGUUCAUGUUUACAUAGGGUGUGAGAAUGUGCUUAAUGCUGUCAUUUCUUUGAAUAUUUGUGUCCGUUAAAUUUGAAAUAAAAUUGGAAACCUGAA